AUGGCUAUGGUCUCUGCAAUGUCCUGGGUCCUGUAUUUGUGGAUAAGUGCUUGUGCAAUGCUCCUCUGUCAGGGAUCUCUUCAUCACACUUUCCAACAGCAUCACCUGCACAGACCAGAAGGAGGAACCUGUGAAGUUAUAGCUGCACACAGAUGUUGUAAUAAGAAUCGCAUUGAAGAAAGGUCACAGACAGUAAAAUGUUCCUGUCUGCCUGGCAAAGUGGCUGGAACAACCAGAAACCGACCGUCCUGUGUCGAUGCUUCCAUAGUGAUUGGAAAAUGGUGGUGUGAGAUGGAGCCAUGUCUCGAAGGAGAAGAAUGUAAGACCCUUCCUGAUAAUUCUGGAUGGAUGUGUGCAACUGGCAACAAGAUCAAAACCACACGAAUUCAUCCAAGGACCUAA